GUGUCGCCGCCCGGGGCGGGGGAGGAGAAGAGAUCAUGGCGCUAGUGCACUGCGCAUGCGCAGCGAGCGCAAAGGUGUCUGCAGGCCUCACUGGAGGCAUGAAGACGGCCGCGGGGUCUGGGCAGGUCCACGUUGAUGGGCGGCCUAAGCUGGGACUGUGUGUCCUCUGCGGCUUGCCGGCGGCCGGAAAGUCGACCUUCGCGCGUGCUCUGGCCCUCCGGCUGCGGCAGGAGCGGGGCUGGGCCGUGGGGGUCCUCUCCUACGACGAUCUGCUGCCCCCCGCGCUCCCGGACCGCGCUGGCACACAGCUUCGGCCAUCCCAGUGGAAAAUGUUGCGACAAGAACUGUUAAAGCACCUGGAAUGCUUCCUUGUGGCGGUCAUUAGUGGGGGUCAGAUGUCUGCCCCACCCAACAGGAGUGACGCCAUGUGGGAAGAUUUUAUCACUUGUUUAAAGAACCAGUAUUUGAUCUCUUCUGCGGCUUGUGAGCCCCAGCCUUGCCACCUCUUGGCAAAAACUGCUGUUUCUACACCUUUAUUUUUGGUGUUAGAUGACAACUUUUACUACCAAAGUAUGAGAUAUGAAGUCUACCAACUGGCUCGGAAAUAUUCACUAGGCUUUUGCCAGCUCUUUUUAGAUUGUCCCCUGGAAACGUGUUUGCUGAGGAAUGGCCAGAGACCCCAGCCACUGCCUAAUGAGACCAUCCACCUCAUGGAGAAAAAGAUAGAAAAGCCCGACCCUGAGAAAAAUGCCUGGGAACACAACAGCCUCACAAUUCAGAGUUCAGCUUGUUCCUUGGAGGCCAGCCUGGAGGUGACUGAUUUGUUGCUUACUGCUUUGGAAAAUCCCAUAAAAUGUGUUGAGGACAAUGCGGAACAAAAGGAAAUAGACAGAGUGAUUUGUUCUACUAACAUCUUCCAUAAAGCUGAUGAGACACUCCGAAGAACCAUCUCUCAGACAAUGAAGGAAGCCAAAGGUCCUCUCAAAUCUGCAUCCACUGAGCCUGGACAGCAGUGAAACAGCCAGCUAUGCCAGGACUUGGCUAGCAUCCCAUCCUUCUCAGGUCCCCUCAAGAUGCCAAUGCCCCCAGACUUCAGGAAGCAGUCUAGAGAACCCGGUGCCCUCCAUUCCCACCUCACCAGCUACCCCUUCCUAUUUCCUUACCUUUUUAUACUAAACAAAAGAGAGGACUGUUAGCAUUCAGGCAUUACACUGGCCUGCUCUCAGGGACCUAGUAGGACAUGUCAUCAGCAACAGGCAAGAUGUACCACUGCAGCUGCUGCAGCCACUAAGUGGAGCACUCUCCCUAUGCACACGCGCUAUGUCCCCAUUUAAAAGGCAGCCCUUCUCACCCCCCCCCUUUCCUUCUGCUCUCACUUCCCCCAAUAACCUCCCACGUGAGGAAAAAAGAAUGUUCAGAGGAGUGCAGAAGACGGAAACCUGGCUUGUGACACUUCAGAGGGAGGGUUCGACUCUACCAGGGCUGCUUGCUAGUUUAAGAUUCUGUGGUUCUGGUUAGCUGAGGCUAAAGAAUCAGCUGUGAUUAACAAGAGACCAGAAUUACUGAAGUGAAACCUUUACAUUAUUGGGACACUUGAUGCCAGAUCUAAGAAAUUAGUGGUGAUUAAGAAGAGACCAACAUCACUGAGGUGAAACCUGGAAGUGUUUCCUGAGAGCACAGAGAAGCGGUGUUUCAGAGGCAGCUAAAGUUGUACCUCGUGGUAGCAGCCGGACUUGGUAAUGUCUAAGAGUCACCCAGGUGACACUAGUUUUGAAGCAUGAAGGGGUC